GGGUGGGUUUGGGGAGACCAGCCCUGCACCCUGGCCAAGCUGCCUCUUGUGGGAGCCCUGACAGGUCCCCCAUGGCCUGGCAGACAGUAUUCCCAUUGAGGGCCAGGUCAGGGGGUUCAGCCAGGCCAGCAGGGCACAGCCUGGCAGUCUGGACAGAGGUUGCAUCAGCCUGAAUAGUGCUUGGGGGCAGGGGACCCUGCUGGGAGGGCAGAGGCUGGCUCGCUUGUCCAAAGACCCAGGAAGCAAAGUCCGGACCACAGGAACGCAAGGCCAGAAGGCUGGGCCCUUCCUGGCCUCCCGGCGCCUGGGUGGUGACCUGCUGUUUGACCCGCACAGGCAGCCUGCUCUCAAUGAGCCUCAGUCUUCCCAUCUGUACAAUGGGGGCGCUGAACUAGGCUGGUCCCAGCUCCAGCAGCCCACCCUCAGGCCCCCCGCGCCUCCUGCUUCCCCAGCCCCGGCUGUGGGCGGCCACAUGCAGUCCUGGAGAAGGAAGUCCCUUUGGCUGGCUCUGCUGGCCUCCUGGCUCCUCGGCCUCCUGGGGAUCUUUCCCCUCCUCCGCCUGGCAGUGCCCACCGGACCUCGGGCAGGGGCCCCCCGAGGCUGGCCCCGCUGGCUGGAUGCAGAGCUCCUGCAGAGCUCCUUCCAGCCCGGGGAGCCCCCAGAAGAUGCCCCUCCACCUCCUCCGGCCCCCCGCGGCGGCAGCUGCGACUGGGGAGCUUGCUUUGACACCUCCAAGUGCCGGAGCGGUGGCUUCAAGGUGUUCGUGUACCCAGCGGCCGGACCGCCCUCUGAGACUCAGCACAAGAUCCUGGCUUCCCUCGAGGGGUCCCGCUACCACACCGUCAGCCCCACCGAGGCCUGCCUCCACCUCCUCAGCCUGGACGCCCCGGCCGGAGCGUGCGGCCCGCUGCCCCCGGAAUGGAACCGGGGCAAGAACCACCUGGUCCUGCGGCUGCACCCGGCCUCCUGCUCUGGGACCUUCCCGCGCGGACAGGCGAUGGUGGCCGAGGCCAGCCCCGCGGGGGACGCCUUCCGGCCCGGCUUCGACGUGGCCCUCCCGCCGCUCCCCGAAGCCCACCCGGUUCGCGGUGGAGCUCCCGGCCGGCUGCGCCAGCACAGCCCCCACCCCGGGGAGGCGCUGCUGGCCCUGGCGGAGGAGGGGGGCGGGUGGCGCAUGGCAGGUGCUGACUCCUCUGCCUGCCCCCGGUCUGGACACUGCGAGCGGGACGGUGGACCGGAGCCGACCCACCCUGGGGCAGCGCUGCCCAACGCCACCUUCUGCCUCAUCCCAGGCCGCCGUCCUGAUGCCCUGCGCUUCCUCCAAGCCCUGCAGGCCGGCUGUAUCCCUGUGCUCCUCAGCCCUCGCUGGGAGCUGCCCUUCGCAGAGGUCAUCGACUGGACCAAGGCUGCCAUCGUGGCAGACGAGAGGCUCCCGCUGCAGGCCGUGGCCGCCCUCCAGGAGAUGCCCCCCACGCGGGUCCUCGCCCUGCGCCAGCAGACCCAGUUCCUGUGGGACACCUACUUCUCCUCCGUGGACAAGGUCAUCCGGACCACUCUCGAGAUUAUUCAGGACCGGAUCCUUGGAGUGUCCGCUCGCCCGUUGCUGAUGUGGAACAGCCCGCCGGGGGCACUCCUGGCCCUGCCCACGUUCUCCACAAGCCCCUCACACUUCCCCUUCUAUCACCUCCAGCGGGGCUCUCGCCCUGCAGGCAGGUUCAGCGCCCUCAUCCGGGUGGGGGCCACAGGCCAGCCCCCCCUGAAGCUCAUCCGGGCAGUGGCAGGCUCCCAUCACUGUGCCCAGAUCUUGGUUCUCUGGAGCAAUGACAAGCCACCCCCAUCCAGCUGGCCUGAGACAGCAGUGCCCCUGACAGUCAUGGAGGGGCACAGGAAGGCCAGUGACCGCUUCCUCCCGUUCCGUGCCAUCAGCACCGACGCCAUCCUCAGCCUCGAUGCCCACAGCAGUCUUUCCACCAGUGAGGUGGACUUUGCUUUCGGGGUGUGGCAGAGCUUCCCGGAGCGGAUGGUGGGCUUUCAGACAUGGAGCCACUUCUGGGAUGAGGCCCAGGGCGGCUGGGGCUAUACUGCUGAGAGGGUCAACGACUUCUCCAUGGUCCUCACCUCGGCAGCCUUCUACCACAGGUAUUACCACACCCUGUUCACCCACUCCCUGCCCGCGGCCCUGAGGAGCCGGGCCGAGGCCGCCCCGGGCUGCGCGGACGUCCUGAUGAACUUCCUGGUGGCAGCGGCCACCAAGCUGCCCCCCAUCAAGGUGCCCUGCGGGAGGCGGCCCGCGGAGGCCGGGCCACCGCAGGCGCCCGGGGGCCUGGGGCCCGCGCCGCAGCCCGCAGCCCGGGACUGCAUCGACCAGCUGGCGGCGGGGUUCGGCCACAUGCCCCUGGUGUCCUCUCGCCUCCGCCUGGACCCGGUGCUCUUCAAGGACCCGGUGUCCGUGCUGCGCAAGAAGUACCGGAGCCUGGAGAAGCCCUAAGGGGGACCGGUCCCUGCCUCACUGCCCGCAGCGCGGAGUCUGCUCGGAGCCGGAGGCUCGGCUCAGGUGUCCCCGCCCCCGAGACACCAGGUACCCAAUCAGAGCUCCCAGUGGCCAAUACGUCAGGCCCCUAUUGGCCUAUCAUAGAGCCGGGGGCGGGACUCCAGCCCGGCAGCCAGCUUCUGUUUUCAGAUGCGAGGCGACAUCUAUCCUGUUUCCGUGCCUUUGCCCCGCGGACUCCUCCGCUGAGCUGGCGUCUCCAAUCCUCGCCUCCCCCGGGGUUUGCCCGACCCCCAGCCCCUCUCGGGAUCGGUUGGUCUCCUCUGCGCGUUCACAGCCCCGUGUGCCCGCAGUCCCGGCACUGUGGCCGCGUCCACCGCCGGCCCCCGGACGGUCUGGACACCCCGGGGCGUGUCCUCCUCUCUCUGGCCUUGCAGGUAGCGCUGCGGAUAUUGGACGAAAAGACCAUUGGAAGAGACAUCCUUUGCGCACCUGCCCUGGGAGGACGGUGCCGGGAGGGUGGACAGGAUGUGCCGAGGGAGAAGACCAACCUCCGUCCCCAUCCCUGUGGUUCCUAGUCCGGCGGGGAGGCAACUCUCCGCAGACGCCGGGGUUGUCAGGCGCCAUCCUCGCGUCCCAGCGAUGAAGCAAAGAGGCACCGGGAAGCCAGUUUCUGCGCUGCUUUCCCUACCGGGCGGAGCGAAUGGGGAGGGGAGAAAAGAGAUGAGAACGCAGGCGAUCCGCCCCGGCGGGCCCGGGACUCUCGGCGCGAGCUCGGUCGUCGCCCUGCAUUACCAGGCAGGACCGCUAGAGGGCAGCGCCGCCCCGCGCUCCCUCCUCCGGGACCGGGAAUGCAGUUCUCAGCUCCCUCCGGUCGGAGAGCGAGCCUGGGCGCUAGGAGGCUUGGAGGUGUGCAGCCUGAAGUCUGCAAAACCAGGAAGAGGGGACUAACUGAAGGAGGAGGCCACGCCUUAGCCCACACUAAGCAGGGCCGUCUGGAGUGGGCUAGGUGGGAGCAGAAACUGGAGUGCCUGUAGGUGAAAGUGCAGCGGGGGAGGGGACGCUGAGCUCUCCCGGGUUCAUCCACCUGGAACAGGAAUUAUCGCUUCCGAAAUACAGCGCCUGUCCGUGCCCCCUCGAGCUGAGGCUAUAAAUAUUCCUACAGCAGCUGCACGAGGGAGGAGCCUGCGAGGGGGACGGCUCUAGACGGGUAGGGGCCAUGGGUCCAGCCCAGGUCCAGGGUGUCAGGUGUUUUUCUGCUUUGAUGGCCUCGCCGCUGUGGAAACUCCCGUGACCAGCUCGCGGGCCAGAACACGCCGUCCCCCGGGGCCUCUCCAAGGCUUCCCAUCCCCAGCCUCCAGCCUGACCUCUGCUCCCUGGGGCCAGUCACAGCUGGGGUGCUGAGAAGGCUCUCCCUUGGAAGAUUCUUGAGGUGGAGGGGGGACUGGGAGGGAGGCAGCCUGGCCCAGGACCAAGAGCAGCUGAGAGUGGGUGAGGGAGCACACAGCUGCAGCCCAGGCCGCCUUCCCAGGGUGGAGGGCUCCGAGUGCCAGGCAGGCCAGGGAAAGAGUCACCUUUCUCCACCCCGAUCACAGCUGCAGCAACCAAAACCCUAAGCUGCCUUGGCACAGCCUUGCCCGUGGGAGGGCAUGCAAGGCCCAAGGACUCACACUGUAACAACACGCAGCUCUGAGCGGGCCCCCAGCCCCCGCGGUGGGGGGAGGCCCAGGGGAACGAGGCAGAAACCCCAGACCUGCCUCACCCUGGCUGUGUGACUUAAGGCAAGUGACACAACCUCUCUGUUUUCUCCUCUGCAAACAUGAAGAAUUCUGCCCAGACACCGUGGCUCAGUGGUUGAGUGUUGACCAAUGAACCAGGAGGUC